AAAAAAAAGUAGUAUUGGUGGGAAGCUGUGUCCGUUGGAGAGACGAGAGUAUUCAUUGUGGUUUUUGAAAAUUGGAAGUGAAAGAUGAGUCUUUUGAGUUUGUACACUAUUAUGAAAAUCUGAAAGAAUCUCUCUCUCUCAUGGCACAACUUUCAGGUUGGUAAUUUGGGCCUUUGAGAGAUGAAGGAACUGUUUGGGAGCCCAGGGAAGUUGAGUGGGUUUGCUCUCAGAAUCGGCCAGUUCUCUUUUGCUGCUGCUUCCAUUGGAGUUAUGGUCUCUGCCCCUGACUUCUUCGACUCCACCGCUUUCUGCUAUUUAAUUGCAUCGAUGGGGCUUCAAAUUCUUUGGAGUUUUGGACUUGCAUGCCUUGAUCUGCAUGCUUUGAAGUCAAAGAAAAGCUUGUAUAAUCCUGUUCUAGUGAGCCUCUUUGUUGUUGGUGAUUGGGUUACUUCUAUUCUAUCACUGGCAGCUGCUAGCUCCUCAGCUGGGGUGACAGUUCUCUAUUCGAAAGAUUUGAACUACUGCAAUUUUCCACCUCAUCUUCCAUGUCUCAGGUACCAAAUUUCUGUUGCCUUGGCUUUUGUAUCGUGGUUUUUCCUUGCUGUUUCGUCCCUUGUAAUGUUUUGGCUGUUGGGGACAGUAUAAAAGGGAACAAUCUCUCGUUCAAGCAAUGUCCUUCUCGAGUACACCACGAAGCUUUUGAUACUAACUGCUUAUUGGUUAUUAUUUGAGUUAUAGGUUGUAGUCCAGGUCCGGGAUAAAGAGAGGAAAUGCUGCACUUUUUCAUGCUUCUUGGAUCUCUCUUUUCCUGGUGUAGUGGUAUGUAGUUGUCCGGAAUGAAUGUUGUGAAUGCAUUUUCAAUUUUCUCUAUGUGAAUAGAAAGUACUUGUAUGAGUAAAAUGAUUAUUGGUUUUAUGAAACAGUAGUUUCUUUCUUAAUAGGCAUGAAGAUACUACUAUAUAGAGUUCGAGUUCGAA